AUAAAUCUUCGGGCUCUCGAGGUUUACAGGUACCCUAGUAAUUGAUAUAUCACCAACAGCAUAAUGCAUUACCAACACCGCUUCGUCUCCCUUGCUUGUCGCUCACGCCUCGAUCCCCAAGAUCAAAGCAUGAGACGCCGAAUAGGCAGUUGACGUGUGCUUAUAUGCCCAGAGGCUAGAAAUAGCAUGACGGAGUGGUGCGACCAAAAUACCUCGGUUGCGGCCGCCCACCUCAUCCUAGUGGGGAUGAACAUGUUGGGUCCAUAAGGAUGCGUGGAUACGGUGCAAAUCCGAGGCUUGAAGCCCGGUUGGGUCUGCGCGGAAUUGCUGUUCGAGUUCACCUCGCUGUCAAUUCGAUCCUACCCGCCAAGGUCUACAGCGGCCUGCUCAUUGACCACAAGGCAACCGAGUGGGCAGAGCUUCUCGAAUUGAAAUCGUUCUGAUUCAUACUACCUUUCGCCUGUACUGCCUUCUUCUCUUGUGGGUUGUAUCCCUUCUCCAGGGUCACACUUUUGAUCAUGUCUGAAGCACUAGCUACUCAAGACGAAGCCUUGUCAAGGCUUUUAGCCUACGUAUUCUCUGGCGCAAUCGGCCCCCCUGAAGGGAAAGGUGUAGGCUAUGCGCUGGUUGAAGCCAAGCCAACCGCCUUCUCUUGGUUGGCGUCGUUGGAGGACAUCGAUGGGCCUCCUGCGCCCGUCGACCGAUACCUCAUUAAGAUUGACAGGCUGUCAAGAGAUAUCUGCCCUCCAGAACAUAUUGUACUAUCGGAAAUAGAACUUGCAGAGGCGGCGUUCGCGGCAACAGGCCAACAUUUGGUCUCGUCGACCAGGUUCACCAACGGCGCGCUGAGCAUCUCAUACAAGGUCACGGUCCAAGAGAGCUUGGAUAUCGCAUAUGUCGUUCAGCUACGUCACCACGGCUGCGUAGCGUCCAUGGAUGUGCUCAUGGCUUCGAUCUCGAGAAUGAUUGACCCUCAGAUCUUGCCCGUGCCUCCUGUAUAUCCAAUACCGGGGGAAAUGCAACGGCAGGUGGCCACAGGUAUAGGAAGGCAAAUACCUCGGCUUAUACCGGGUGUUAUGGCGUCGUCGAUCUACCCUCGAAUGUCGCACGAGGAGAGGCUCAUCAUCGUGCAGAAAAUGGCCCUUGCGUUCCAAGCCUGCUGGAGAAUCCAGCUCCCGGAACAUCAUCUGAUCGGCGAGCUUAUUGCCGCGACAAUUGAUGGUCAGGUUGUUCUCAAGAUUGGACCCGAUCGACACUAUGGCCUCGGGGGCCCGUUUCCUACUGUACGCGAGUACCUCCGGGCGUAUAUCAGGUCCUCACUCGUCGCCCUCGAAAAGCAGCAGGGCAUUGAAGAAUAUAAGGAGCGGUUCUUGGGUCAUAUCAGGGAUUUUGUCGAUAACCGUAUGUAUAAUGUACCUACCCGCUAUCGUCGAGGACAUCCCCAUCGUUGCUAUGCACGCGGACAUGGGCCUUCAUAACAUCAUCUUGUCAAGCCAGAUACACACUGAGAUACAAGCGGUCAUCGACUGGGAAUUCACAUCUAGUGCGCCAUAUGCCUCUCUCCGCCGAAUCAUUGAAAUGCUUUUCCGUAAGCCUGCCCUUAAUGGGUUCGGCCCGGAGUACGAUCGCGCCAAUGAACUCCGUGAGGCUUUCUGGGGCACCAUCCAGGACUGGGAGCAGUGAAACCAGAGCGAGGCGACACAGGCAUUCCUGGGGUGGUUUAGGUUCGGCCUCUUCAUCAAGCCUGAAUGGAGGCUGAAAGACCUUCCCCCUGAUGAGACUGGACUUUUGGCAUGAAAACAUUCCAGCGGUCAAGAGCAUUUUGAGCAAGCGUUCCACUGGCGUCGAGCGAGUGUCUCAGUCGGCACUUAUGCAUGAUGACUAAAUAAGGGGAUAAGAAGUAAUAUGGCGGCGUGGAUUAGAAAGAAGACCGGAAAUAGUGCCAGGCAGAGAUGCUUUCUUGGACUCCAAUGUUAGCUUAGCACUAGUUCGUCUACCAUUACAUGAGACUUGGAAGAAAAGAAAAGAAAAUAGCCGUUGGCUCUAAUAAAGGCGCUUUACAAUAAACUCAAAUAAAUAUAAAUAAAUUUAUUAUAA